CGGGAAAAAAGAAACAAACACAACACGUUGUAAUGAUCAGAUAUUAAGUUUAAGAUGACCAGAGGUGAGCAUUAAUGGAUGUUUCUCCUGUGACUGGCACAGAUGGUCAUGGACCAAUGGCUUCCACGCCACUUGAUCCUCCUGAGGAUGACCAGCAGGAAACUAGCGCAACUCUCCUCGCGAAACAAAACUGGCUUCAGGCUCAGAUAGAUAACCAUAAGGCUGAGAUAUUGGCAGGAUCUACUGCUGAUGAAGAUACAGAUGGAAAAACUGACGUAUUGGCUGAUUUGGAGAAGGAACUUUUAGAUGAAUACAUUGAGAAAGACAAAAAAGAACUUAUCAUUAAAAGGAUGCAGAUGGGAAACUUCCUUAUAAAACAAUUGUUUGAACAGUCCACAUCAGAUGAUAUUGACCCAGCAGAAAAGGAGGAGAAGGCGGUCAGGGUGAAAUAUUUGAAAGAAUUGCUUGACAAGCAAUGUGGACUUGUGAGUGGCAUUAUGAAGAAUCAAAAGGAAAUGGAAUCUAAAAAGAAAAGACUUGUUGAUCUCAAGAAACAGAAUUUUGAUCAAAUGAGUGUCAACAGACAGAACAUGCAGACUCUUCGCGAAAGAGAGAAUCCACAGUGUGCUGACAAUCAGGAUGAAGAAACAAAAACACUGUUUGAAGACCUGGACAAGAAUCUCCAGAAGAUUGCAAUAGUUCGUAAUACACUACAGGCAGUCAUAGUAGGUAGUGGCAUCAACUGGGCACAGGACCCGGCCAUGCAAGACCUUGUUCUCGAUUUGGGCAAAAAACUAGAGUUGUGAUACUAUCACAGCAAAAGAAAAUUCCUGUCAGAAUUUGUGUUAAAAUUUUCUAACUGGUUUGAGAGGUUGACAAAAAUUUGUGCUGUACUACAGAAAUAGGUUAAACAGGUAUUAAUAUUUCAACAUAAUGAUGUGUAGGGUAUACUCAUUAAUGAAAGUAACAACUCCAAACAGAAAGACUAGAUGUGGGUCUACUAGUCCAAAGUCUUAUUUCCUAAAGAAAAACGGAGCAGAUUUUAUUAUGAGAAAAGAAAGUUAACCACAAUGCAGACAAACUUGUGUAAGUUACACAUGGAAAUACCAUAUGUGUUCCUAUAUAAUUACAGAGAAUGGAAUAGUCUCCCUUCAAUAUUUCAUGAAUUGUGUAAAUUUGUACAUUAAAAUGUGAUGGUGUAUCGUCUCCUUAUUGUGUUAUAUAGUAAAUUUUCUAAAUAUUUUA